ACGCUCGCGCCGACGGGGUCUAGAACGGUCUGGGUGAAGAGCUGCAAGAAAGACAAAGAGCGCAUUACCGCCAUGGUUUUGGGCGACUCAGACGGCAACAGGUACACCCCGUUCCUCAUGUUGAAGUCGAAGCCGUCGAAGGUGCCGGAGGUGCGCGCUGAAAACGCGCGUAUCCGUCACGGAUUUGGUCGCCACGUGUGGAAAGAAAUA